AUGUCGGGGAGAAAGGCAUACGCCCGUUCCGCCAGGAUCGACACUCCUCAACGUGGUCCCGACCCCAAGGUCGCAUUCCCUCCCGAGGACAUCAAGCCACCGGAACACGACAAUGCGCUUGUGAUAAUGGCUCGAAUUGCUAACGCCCAGGUAAGGAGAAUCAUGAUCGACACCGGAAGCUCGGCCGAUGUGCUCUAUCUGGACGCCUUCCAGAAGUUGGGGUUAACAAAAGAAUCCCUAAAGCCUAUCUGCUCGGUGCUCACGGGGUUCACCGGCGACUCUGUCUCGCUAUUGGGGAUGGUCACCUUGCCCCUCACCUUGGGAGCGCCACCCCAAACAAAGACGGUGAUGUCCACCUUGGUGGUAGAUCUUCCUGCUGCCUACAACGCCAUCCUCGGCCACCCCACCCUCAACAAAAUCAGAGCUGUAGUCUCCACCUAUCAUCAAACGGUGAAGUUUCCUACCCCCGCCGGGACAGGCGAAGUUUGGGGAAGCCCCCGAGAGUCCCGACGAUGCUACUUGACGGCGGUCUCGCUACACAAAAAGGCGAGGACCGACCAACCUCUUGAAGAUCCGAGAGAAGAGAAGCGGCCGACGCCACACCCGGAGCCGAUGACGCCCACCUGCGACAUGCCACUGAUGGAGGAUCGCCCGAAUCAGACGGUCCGGGUUGGGUCGGAACUCCCCGGGCAGGAGCAAGAGUAG